AUUGCUACCAUGGUAACGGACCACAUGAUGAGGUGUAUUAGAUUGCUGCGUGUUGAGCACAAGGGGAAGAAUGAACACAGCUUUUUAUUGAAGUUAAAGGUUACUUUGGAGUUUCUUCUGCGGAAAUGUGUAAGGUCAAAUACUAUAGUUUUCAGCCUAUGUAGUACUUCAGAGGAGAAAUUAGGAGCAUGUUGGUGUAUUUAACUACAAAACCAGAAUGAUUGAAGAUAGUGGGAAAAGAGGAAAUAUCAUGGCAGAAAGAAGACAGCUGUUUGCAGAGAUGAGGGCUCAAGAUCUGGAUCGCAUCCGACUCUCCACCUACAGAACAGCAUGCAAGCUGAGGUUUGUUCAGAAGAAAUGCAAUUUGCACCUGGUGGACAUAUGGAAUGUCAUAGAAGCAUUGCGGGAAAAUGCUCUGAACAACUUGGACCCAAACACAGAACUCAAUGUGGCCCGCUUAGAGGCUGUGCUCUCCACCAUUUUUUACCAGCUCAACAAACGGAUGCCAACCACUCAUCAAAUCCAUGUGGAGCAAUCCAUCAGCCUCCUCCUCAACUUCCUGCUUGCGGCCUUUGACCCUGAAGGCCAUGGAAAAAUUUCAGUAUUUGCUGUCAAAAUGGCUUUAGCUACCUUGUGUGGAGGGAAGAUCAUGGACAAAUUAAGAUAUAUUUUCUCAAUGAUUUCUGACUCCAGUGGGGUGAUGGUUUAUGGACGAUACGACCAGUUCCUUCGGGAAGUUCUCAAACUUCCCACGGCAGUUUUUGAAGGUCCUUCAUUUGGUUACACAGAACAGUCAGCUAGAUCCUGUUUCUCCCAACAGAAAAAAGUCACGUUAAAUGGUUUCUUGGACACACUCAUGUCAGAUCCUCCUCCUCAGUGUCUGGUCUGGUUGCCUCUUCUGCAUCGACUGGCAAAUGUAGAAAAUGUCUUCCAUCCGGUUGAGUGUUCCUACUGCCACAGUGAGAGUAUGAUGGGAUUUCGCUACCGAUGCCAGCAGUGUCACAAUUACCAGCUCUGUCAGGACUGCUUCUGGAGGGGACAUGCCGGUGGUUCCCAUAGCAACCAGCACCAAAUGAAAGAGUACACGUCAUGGAAAUCACCUGCUAAGAAGCUAACCAAUGCAUUAAGCAAGUCCCUGAGCUGUGCUUCCAGCCGUGAACCGUUGCACCCUAUGUUCCCAGAUCAGCCUGAAAAGCCACUCAACUUGGCUCACAUCGUUGAUACUUGGCCACCCAGACCUGUAACCAGCAUGAACGAUACCCUAUUCUCCCACUCUGUUCCCUCCUCAGGAAGUCCUUUUAUUACCAGGAGUAUGCUUGAGAGUUCCAACCGGCUUGAUGAAGAACACAGGCUGAUCGCCAGGUAUGCGGCAAGACUGGCAGCAGAAUCCUCCUCGUCUCAGCCAACUCAACAGAGAACUGCGCCUGACAUCUCCUUCACCAUUGAUGCAAAUAAGCAACAGAGACAGCUGAUUGCAGAACUAGAGAACAAGAACAGAGAAAUCUUACAGGAGAUCCAGAGACUUCGGCUAGAGCAUGAACAAGCUUCUCAGCCCACACCAGAAAAGGCGCAGCAAAAUCCCACCCUGCUGGCAGAACUCCGGCUCCUCAGACAGCGCAAGGAUGAACUAGAACAGAGAAUGUCUGCUCUCCAGGAGAGCCGGCGAGAGCUAAUGGUCCAGUUAGAAGGUCUCAUGAAGCUACUAAAGACUCAGGGGGCAGGCUCUCCCCGCUCUUCCCCCAGCCACACCAUCAGCAGGCCUAUCCCCAUGCCCAUCCGGUCCGCGUCAACCUGCUCCACCCCGACGCACACACCACAGGACUCCCUCACCGGGGUAGGGGGAGAUGUCCAAGAGGCGUUUGCACAAAGUUCAAGAAGAAAUCUAAGGAAUGAUUUGCUAGUGGCAGCAGAUUCCAUCACUAACACCAUGUCCUCUCUUGUGAAGGAGCUGAAUUCUGAGGUAGGAAGUGAAACGGAGAGUAAUGUGGAUUCUGAAUUUGCACGGUCUCAGUUUGAGGACCUUGUCCCAUCACCAACCUCUGAAAAGGCUUUUCUAGCACAAAUUCAUGCCCGAAAACCUGGCUACAUUCACAGUGGAGCUACCACAAGUACCAUGCGCAGUGACAUGGUGACAGAAGAGGGGGAUCCCUACGUACGGCCCGAGGACGAAAACUAUGAGAAUGACUCUGUCCGGCAGCUGGAGAACGAGCUCAAGAUGGAGGAAUACCUGAAACAGAAACUGCAGGAUGAGGCCUAUCAGGUCAGCUUGCAAGGUUGAAUGCAAUAUCCUUUUAUCACUCUCCUCUCAAGCAAGCUAUAGUCAGACAGAUGAUGAAAGUUACAUGAAAGCUGGUGAUGAUGGAGAGCCACACAGAGGAGGAUGACAGCAGCCUGGCAGCAGCCUCACCGGACAGAGGAACCACCACACCCAGCAGCUCCCGACAAACCCCCGCCCCUACAGAUGUGUUCUGAUGACUAUAGUGCAGCUAACUUUGUGUUCUAAGAUUUGUAGUUCAUAGGUGUGUGUUUGAGAAGGAAAAAAAAAAAGACUUCUGUUCAAAGCUAACUUAUCAGUUACAUCUUCUGUAACAUGACUCAUCCCUGGUUAACAAAAACAAACACAGGCUGAAAACUCAUGCUGCUGUUACACACGAUGGCAGUAUUAACAAGCAUUUUAAACCUUUGCACAUGAUAUUGAACCUGUUCAGUUUACAAUGACAAUUUGACAAUAUUAAUACUGUUUAUAGCUAGAAGUUUGAUUUCUGGAUUCUUUGAGAUUUUAGCAAAACAGUUGAUUAUACACUGUACAUUUUUUUUUUCCACAGUCAUUGGAAAAAAACAACCACUUGCAAUUAUUCACUAACCCUGAAGGAUUUUGGUUCCUGAGUGUACAGACUUGGAGCCAGGGAGCCAAGAACAGUGCUUGGCCUGCACAGUCUGCAGUUGACUCCAAGUCUCUGUGAGCAGUGACUUGGACCAAACACACCAGGAAUAAUUCCUUCCUUGGGGCUUCUUUCCAACUUAGGGUUGUUUUCUUUCAAGAUACUCUAAUGAAUCAGCCAUAGAAUUUAGUGUAAAUAUGUUUUCCAAAUAGAGAUCAUAUUCAAAAAAGGCAGCAUUCAAAUUAUAUAGAAUCUAGUUUUUAAAAACAGCACAGAUCUUCUUAAAAACUGUGAACUAUGUUUUGAAAUACUCGUUACUAAAGCUGUUUAUAAACCACAGGUGCCAUAAGAUCCCCAAACGGACUAAAGUUAUCUAUGCUCUUCCAUGGUCUUGUUCCUCUCGUUUUGACUCUAGGAAGCAUGUCUUUAACAGCACCGCUCAUUCACAAGUUCCCCUAUCAGGUUGUUUAGAGGCCUUCAGCUUUAAAUGUACAGGCUUAAAGUGCGCUUGCAAACAUUCACUCUCCUUUUAUUUCUGAAUGUGUAUUGCCUUAGCUGGCCACCAGGUGUUCUGCAUGCAGCCUUUCUGUGGUCAAGUGAAAGAAGACUUGGGAUUUUGCACUUGAACAUGAAGAGUUCAGAUGCAAAAGAGGAUAAUGACUGUUGAUGGUCCUUUAUGAGGUCCCCAAAGACCUCCUUUAGGGAUUCUGGGGGAAAUGGAGUAAUCUAGUUAUUUCAAGAUUUCAUUAAAAAAAAAAAAAAAAGCCUGUGGCAUAUUGGAACCAUCAUAUUUAAAUUAUCAGCUUCUCUGGAAUUCCUUCUUCUUCUUUAAAGGAAAGAACAUCAUUUUAGAACAAUCGUUCUCAAAGUGUGUUCCCAAACCAGCAGCAUCAGCAUUGCCUAGGAAGGUCUUAGAAAUGUAAAUUCUUAGACCUUAACCCAGGCCUACUGAAUCAGAAACUCUGGGAGGUUGGGCCCAGCAAUCUGAGUUUUAAUCAGCCCUCUAGGUGAUUCUGAUGCUAUUGCUUUAGAAUAAAGUUGUAUAAUAAAGUCUCUGAAAGGCCUUAUUCAGAAUAAGCAAGAAAGGUUCUGUGAUUCAAUUUUGCUUUGGGAGCUGGCAACAACCUUCUCCCAUCCCUACACACCUCACACCUAGUCUGUAGUUGGUGGGUCCCCAGCUGAGUCCUGACAUCUUCAAGCUCCCUCUGCAGAGGGCUGUAAGAUGUCUGCAUUUAGUCAGAAACCAUCUCCUUGGCUGCCCUUUGAAACAAAACCUUGGGGAUAGUGAAGUGCUUGAUUGGCAUUAGUGAGGGUUCCAUCCCUAGGCGUAUUUAAUCAUACAUCCCUUCAGAGAACCUGCCUGACAAAUGUCCCUGAGCACAGGCUGACACCAAAGUGGCACAACUGCACAGUUCUCAGAUUUCUUUGCACAGAUGGAUUUUAUUGCGGGUUUUGUUGGUGUGUCUUAAUGUUCAUCUCUUUCCCACCGCCCAUCCUCUGUGAAACCAUACCUCUAGAUGGAGCAGGUGGCCACUGGUGCCUCAUACUCAAUACUGAAAACCACUACAUCCCAGCUACCUACAUUGCUAUCAGCUCGAAAUCAUAGCCAGGUAGUUCUUGAACUCAGAGCCCUGGCACUCAGCCACUGACUGGACCGAGCUGGCAUAUUCUUGUCUCUUUGUUCGUCUAAGGUUUAAACUGUUCUGCUGAUAACCUUCCCCCUUGUCAUAGCUUUCAUUGCCAACCAACUCCAUCACAUGGUUGUUGAUACCAUCGUACAAAGCCAUUGCAAGGACUCUGGAAACUGCCGCCAGUGACCAAUUUCUGACUAACCAGCCACCUUUUCUUUCUCUUAGCUCCACGUCAGCACUGAGACCAGACUCAAGCACCCCUGUCGUGUAACCGAGACAAAAUGGCGUGUGUUAUUUUGGGUUUGUGUGUUCUUUGGUGGGUUUCUUUCCUUGGCUCUUCAGAUUUACUUCUGGGGCCUGUUCUAAAUACAAACCCAGCAGGUUUCACUUGUCCUAUUAGUUACAACUACAUCUUGUGGGGGUCAUUUGUUUCUUGUUCCACAAUGAAUUGCAUAUCCGUCUCCAUCAGAGCUGAUGGCCUAUUCAUGAGCACUGGUCUAACACAGCCAACCCUCCCCCACAGCAUCAUGUUAAUGGAGGAGGAGAGGAAGGUGAAAUCUACUGCAUGGUGUUCAGGAAUCAGUUGUGGUUGGUCAGGGCGGAAGUCGGGGUAAGUUUGGUUGGUCAGAGGGAGAUGUGCUGGAGAUUGUGAAAAAUGGAUUCUUGAAUGAUCUACUAUAAGGCAGGGAAGGUUCAUUUGUAAGUAGUAAUGUGAACUGAAUUGCAUUAAGAGUGUGUGGCCUUUGUUGUGAUAUACUAUGUAUUUUCUUAUAUGCAUGAGCCAAACUGUUGCAUCAUAAUUUAGCACUGAUGUCUGCUUUUAUUUUGAUCAUCUUUGUCCACUCUUAUUAGUUCUUGGCUGUUAACUGUAGAUAGAUCUUGUAAAUUCGGCAGCCUUUGGUUGCUGAUUUCAUCUUGGUUUGAUUCCACCCAAGGAACCACAAACAAGAACUCCAGUGUCCUCAGAAGAAAGGGUAUUUUUACUUCUGAACCAAAAAGAGAAAAAAAAAAUCAGAAACGUUACAUGUUGAGGCUAAUUAAUUGUAAGCGGUUUUUAAUUAUGACUACUGCAAUUUGACAUCAUUUGAAAUAACCAAUCCAGAGACACUAAAGAUUUCACAAUAUUCAUUGGUAUCAUAACAAAACUACUACUGUAUGGAUUUUUUUGUAUUGCUGUUAAGUACUGUUUUGUAUGUGUGUGCGCGUGUGUGUGUGAACAUCCUGGGGACAUGUUAUAUUUUGAAGUGAUUAAACUAUUUAAUUGUGUGUCUAUAUUUUGGAAUGGAAUUAUUUCUUCAUUAAAAAUGUUUUUAAAAACACUA